UUGGGGCCUUUUCCCCGUUCACGUCAGGGAAAUAGGUACAUCCUUGUUGGGGUAGACUAUUUCUCCAAGUGGCCGGAUGCGUACCCUAUUCCUAGCCAAGAUACGGAAACCGUGGCUACUGCCCUAGUUGAAGGCAUGUUUAGUAGGUUUGGCAUGCCGCUAGAACUCCAUUCAGACCAGGGGCGUAAUUUUGAAAGUAAAGUUUUUCAUCAUGUGUGCGAUCUGCUACACAUUCGGAAAACGCGCACCACCCCGCUUCACCCCCAGAGCGACGGUUUGGCCGAGCGAUUCAUCCGUACUUUAUCGGCUCAGUUGGCUAUGGUGGUAAACAAGGACCAACGCGACUGGGAUCAGCAACUACCUUUGGUUCUCCUGGCAUACCGGACAGUGGUCCAGGAGUCUACGCAGUGCACCCCUGCCAUGUUGAUGCUGGGCCGGGAAUUGAGAACCCCAGCCUCUCUCGAGUAUGGUUUGCCACCAGAAAGGGAAGAACGUCAGUCUGGACUAGACUAUGCCCGCUGUCUUCAGGACCGAAUCGACAGGGCUCACGCGUUCGCACGGGACCAUCUGCACAAGGCUGGCCUUACCCAAAAGCGGCAUUAUGACAUCAGGGCCAGAGAACACCCGUACUCCUCCGGCGACCGAGUGUGGGUGUAUAGUCCCCGACGGAAGAAAGGUCUCUCCCCCAAACUUGACAGUGCAUGGGUGGGCCCUUGCCAAGUGCUCGAGCGCGUGGGCGAAGUAGUGUACUGGGUGCAGAUGUCACCAAGGGGACAUCGGGUGUUUCUGCAUCAGGAUCGGUUGGCGCCUUACCGGGGAAGGGUUUGUGCUGAUGAAAGGAUCGAAGCACCAGCCGACCAGGAUGUAAACCAAGAACAGCCCGAUUCAGCGCUGGAGACGGUGGGAACAGAAAUGCCUUCUACAGAUGACGUCACGCGUCCUGAGCGGCCCAGAUGA